AUGCAGGGUUUCAAUAUGGGACGUUACGUCCCUCCGGACUUGGAGGGGACGACAAGCGGGAACAAGUUGAACAAGAAACGUGCGCCAGGAACUCUUCGCAAGGAUGGCACGCAGACGGUGCGCUUCGAGAUGCCAUUUGCUGUGUGGUGUACGAAAUGCGAGCCGCAUGCAAUCAUCGGCCAAGGUGUGCGAUUCAACGCCAUCAAGAACAAAAUCGGCAAUUAUUACAGCACGCCGAUAUGGAGCUUUCGCAUGAGACAUCCCGCCUGCGGUGGAACCAUCGAAUUGAGAACGGAUCCGAAAAACACAGCUUACGUGGUGACUGAAGGCGGUAAGGCUCGUGAUUACGGGGAGACCGGCGACCUUGUGCGAGAAGGCGAGAAUGGCGUGCCCAUCCUGAGCCCAGAGGAGAGGGAGCGAAGACGUGAGGACGCUUUUGCUUCCCUGGAAGGCAAGGUGGAGCAGAAAGAAAUGGUCAAAAGCGAUGCGAAACGAAUCGAUCAACUUCACGAAUUCCGUGGAAGGAAUUGGGAUGAUCCCUGGUCGGCCAACAAGCGUAUGCGAGAUUCCUUCCGCGUUGAGCGCAAACGUUUGGAGCGAGAAGCGGGUGCCGACGAGGAGCUCAAACAACGCUUGGGAACAAAUAUCGAACUUCUCGCAGAAAGUGAAGAAGAUCGCGUGCGUGCCAGGUUGGUGACCUUUGGACUGGAUCCAAGUAAACCUCCCUCCAAUGCUGCAGAUUCAGGCCCUGUGUUCAGAAGUCCUCGACAUACGACAUCGUUACGACACAAAUCGGCCAAGAGCGCCAAACAAGGCCGAGCUGACAUUCUACGACGACAACUAAUAUCCAACACAAGGGCUACAUUGAACCCCUUCGGUAACUGA